AUGCAGAGUAACCCACGACACCAAGGCAGCGCGCCGGGUUCUGAGGCAGCCGCGAAUCGGGACGAUUCAUGCCGCCAUGCCAAAUCUUUCGAAGUGGACAACGGCACCGAGCAACAGCAUAAUCGUGAUAGGUCUAUUCUCGCACAUGAUGAGUCCAGCGCUAUCACCAUGCUCGGCUCCUUCGUGGCGGGUGCAUCGGUGGGGGCAAUGAUCUGCGUUCGGUUGUUUGUGUUGGCGCCCAUUGUAUUCUUGCUUCUCUGCGGAGCUUGUGUGGCGGUCACGGUCGUGCUUCUCUGCGGGGCCGGGGCAGCGGUCGUCACCAAGUCACACAGCAAGGUGGAAAGUAUCUCGUGA